AAACGUAUUCAUACAGGAGAGAAGCCAUACCACUGUGAUGUCUGUGGUACAUCAUUCUCUGACCGAAGUGAUUUAAAUUCUCACAAGCAUAUUCAUACAGGGGAGAAGCCAUUCCACUGUGACAUCUGUGGUAAAUCAUUCCUUCACAGGAAUAACUUGACUACUCACAAACGUAUUCAUACUGGAGAAAAGCCUUAUCAUUGUGAUAUCUGUGGUACACCAUUCUCUGACCGAAGUGCUUUAAGUUAUCACAAACGUGUUCAUACAGGGGAGAAGCCAUAUCAGUGUAACAUCUGUGGUAAACCGUUCUCUCAGAAAUAUGACUUGACAAGACACAAACGUCUUCAUACCGGAGAGAAACCUUAUCACUGUGAUGUCUGCGGUACAUCAUUCUCUGACCAAAGCAUUUUAAAAUCUCACAUACGUGUUCAUACAGGAGAGAAGCCAUAUCAGUGUAAAAUCUGUAGUAAAUCAUUCUCUCAAAGUAGUGUUUUAACUUCUCACAAACGUAUUCAUACCGGAGAGAAACCAUAUUCCUGUAAUAUCUGCGGUAAAUCAUUCUCUCGCAACUCUGCUUUGACUUAUCAUGAACGAACUCAUAGAAGAGAAACACCAUAUCACUGUGACAUCUGUAACAAAUCUUUCCCUGUCAGUAGGAACUUAACUAAUCACAAACGUAUUCAUACAGGAGAGACACCAUAUUCUUGUGAUAUCUGUGGUAAAUCAUUCUCCCAAAGUGGCAAUUUAACUACUCACAAACGUUUCCAUACAGGAGAGAAGCCAUAUCAAUGCAACAUCUGUAAUAAAUCUUUCUCUGUCAGUAGUAACCUAACUAAUCACAAACGUAUUCAUACCAGAGAGACACCAUAUCACUGUGAUAUCUGUGGUAAAUCAUUCUCUCAAAGAGGCAACUUAACUACUCACAAACGUUUCCAUACAGGAGAGAAGCCAUAUCACUGUGAUGUCUGUGGUAAAGCAUUCUCUGUGAGUUCUAGCUUAUCUGAACACAAACAUAUCCAUACUGGAGAGAAGCCAUAUCACUGUGAUAUCUGUGGUAAAUCAUUCUCUCAAAGUGGCAACUUAUGUUCUCACAAACGUUUCCAUACAGGAGAGAGACCAUAUUCUUGUGAUAUCUGUGGUAGGUCAUUCUCUCAAAGUGGCAACUUAGCUUCUCACAAACGUUUCCAUACAGGAGAGAAGCCAACACCACUGUGAUAUUUGUGACAAAUCAUUCUCUCAAGGUAAUGACUUCACUAUUCACACACAAUUUUGUAGCAGAGAGAAGCCAUAUCCUCGUGAUAUCUGUGGUAGGUCAUUCACUCAACAUAACAGCUUAACUUCUCACAAAUGUGUUCAUAAGGGGAAGAAGCAAUCCCACUGAUAUUUGUAGUAAACCCUUCUCUGUAAGUGGUGACUGAGCCCUUUACCAUGAAGAUUAGUCUCUCAAAUGUGAUGUUUAUUUAUUCACAUUAUUUCCAAUUUGUCAUCCAUUAACUCACAACUUUCAAAUUUUGGUGAUGUGAUUGUGUAUUUUCAGAAUGACAUUGUCGGGUAGGUGUAAAAUGCAGACUCUAACUAGUUUGAACAUAAAAUAGAUAGAAUGUUUGUGCCAGAUAUGACUGGUUUAAAUGCUAAAGGGUUAACACUAGAAGUACCAACGUUUCUUCUUACAAGGACCAUUGAUGUUAUUUUUGACUGCCAUUGAAAAUAUUUAUUUUAAAUACAGUCCUGCCCUCUUGGCCCUGUCUCACUGUAUCAUUGCUCUCCGCUAGUUCCUGACCGGUAUGUUCCACCCACACGCCCUCUCUUACUGUAUUAUUGCUAUUGGCUUUCCCCCAACUUGUGUGUUCCACCCACAUGUUAACAAGAACACUUUUUACACACCCUAUCGCAACAAACCAAUCUACAUCUCUUCUUCACAUUUCUUCCUUCAUACACUAUGCCUACCUCUCACUCCCCAAUCCUGUCCUCAUGGUCCUGUCCCUCUGUAUCAUUGCUAUCCAGUAGCUGCCUGACCCUAUUUAAUACCCAGGUUGUCAUCACUCAACCCCUCCCCCCUGCUUCCUUUGCAGUAUCCUGUCUCUUAUAUUAUGACGUUCGAACCUCAAGGGUAUGCUCUGGCCCUUGCCACCAUCCAUAUCUCUCUCUUCCUUUACUCAACCAUCCCCAUUUAUGUUCGGAUCCCCUCCCUUGUGAAUAUGCCCAUCAUUUUGCUGCCAUCUCGAUCGUGUUGUCUCCCACUAUCUGCUUCUCCUGCACUUCCCUCAGGCUGGGUAACCAUGUAUCUCCUUUGUGGCAGUACACCUGUUUCUGUCUUCAUUCCUGAUCUCUCUCUCUCUCUCUCUCUCCCUCACCUGGUAAACUUGUAUUUCCUCCACAACAACCAACGCUGCCCAACACACAGAACCAAGCCAUGAACAUGCUACAGAAUUUCAACCAUGAUACAACUUCCACUGUUCCAGACAAAAGUUACUUAAAAUUUGUCAAACUUGUUACUUCACAAUAUGUAAGACAUUUGCCAUGUAUUUUUAUAAGGGGUUGUAAUAAAUAACAGUUGCAUUGAAUUUA